UAUUGAUUAUAACUAUAUAAAAAAUGCUCACUUUCACCAGCAAACUGAAGAACGGUUUUUGGAAAUCGCUAGACAAAAUUCAAAGAUAAGAAAAGAACGAUUGGCAGCUGAAUAUGGUUUAGCAAAAUCAGGACCGUUUAAAAUACUUAAAUUGGACCGACACCUUCAAACACCACAUGACGCAUAUCACUCUAUGGCUGGAAAGGCACAUACUCUACUGGAAGCGACAUUUAAUGUGUUUAAUACGAAUGGUGAAAAUUCUUUUAUAAAGUAUUGGAAACAGAUCGAAAAGCCUACAUAUUGGCUUGCGAUGAUAAUACCAUUCAUACUUAGAUGCUUUUUAAAACCUUAUCAUAUAAAGGCGGAGACUUUGAAUAAUUGGCUUAUAACAUUUGGGAUAAGACAAAAUUCGGCAAUAUCAAAAUUAUGUAUGUGUUGGGCAAUUGAAGCUAAGGUACUAAAACUUGUAUUCUCAAUUACUAUGACAGAAAAUAUUUACCAAAAAUUGCAGGAAUAUCUUAAAAGAGAACAUGAUAUGCUUAUACAG